AUGAAAGCCUUCGAGUGGAUAGGAGGGAUGGUCAUCCUCACCUCUGUGUUUUCGGCCUGUUCCGGACAAAGUCCAAUGACUGUACUGUGCUCCAUAGACUGGUUCAUGGUCACAGUACAUCCUUUCUUGUUGAACAAUGAUGUAUAUGUACACUAUCAUGAGUUACACUUGGGCCAGGGUUGCCCUGCAACCCAUGUCAGGCCACAUGCCUACCAGUUCACCUACCGUGUUACUGAAUGUGGCAUCAGGGCCAAGGUUGUCUCUCAGGACACGGUUGUCUAUAGCACCGAGCUGCACUACACUUCACAGGGUACCUCAUCUAAGUACGUGAUCCCAGUGUCAUGUACUGCCCCUCAACAAUCCCCAUGGCUCACUAUGCCCUGCUCCGUGAAAGUAACCAGCGAGGGAGGGACCACAGUCCAGAACAGUGAGACAUGUUAUGAGGUGUUCACCUUGUCACAGUCCAGCCAAAGGCCCAACUGCGAUUGUCCACCUUGUGUCUUCAACGAAGUAGAGCAUGCCCAGGCCCUACAUCACUAA